GUCGGUCUUCCACCUCGGUUUCAUCGCCGGUCACUUCACCCCUGCAUUGUUCCUGCACCGUAUCAAAGGAUCGGGUGCUCGUUUGACUUUCUUACAAAGCUUUUCUUCUCUGAACUCGGUUGAAACAACCUCCCUCCUUUCAUCAUGCCCGUCGUCGCAGGACCUCCCCAGGGCCAUGGCCCGUCCACUUUCGACAAGAUGAAAAUGGGUGCUAUGAUGGGCUCCACGGUUGGUGGUAUCAUGGGUUUCAUCAUCGGAACCGUGACGAUCUUCCAGUACGGUGCUGGCCCCAAUGGCGUCAUGCGUACUCUGGGUAAAUACAUGCUUGGAUCCGGCGCAACCUUUGGUCUGUUCAUGUCCAUCGGUAGCGUCAUCCGCACCGAAGGACCCUACAACGAUGCCUGGCUUCGUGCCCGCGGUCCCCCGAUGAUGCUCCCCCGUCAGCACCCCCUGCGAUCCGCUCGCGAAUAAACGAGCCAUCUCCAUGCUUAACACGUCAGUGGGAGAUACCUUGCGUGUGGGCUAGCCCUAGUUUGUACGAUAUAUCCGGGGUCUCUUCGAGGCCCUUCCUUGGAAGAUGGGAAGGGUCCACGUCGGUCACUGGAAGGAAUUUUGACGAGCGGUGUUGCAGAGGAUUGUGUUAUGAUGUAUAUACUCUUUGAGCAUUGGGCGGAUUGAGGGCAACUUCAAUCCUGCGAGGCAAUUCCUCUUGGCGUUGCAGCACGGUUAAUCAUUUAAUGAAGAAUGGACAUGAAGC